ACUCGGCUCAGUCCACAACAGACGCUCCGGAGAAGACUUUAAUACAAGAAUCAAGACAGCGUUUGUUACUUCGUCCAUUUAAUGGUCACAAUUUAAACGAGUUCAUAGUCGGGUUACAAUUGAUCAUCUUAGAAGAAACAACGUUUAAGAUAAGCCAAGUCAGUCAGGAAUCAGGAUCACACCUUUGGUACGAACAGGUGUCGCUGGCUCUGGUUCCUCACAAUAUUUGUUAAAUAUUGGGGAUUUCGGCACGGACGUAUCGGGACUACUUCAAAUGUGCUUAAAUUGCAGUAGACCUACCUGUGACAUUUUAAGUCCAACAUAAUAGUGGGGGGAAAGGAGAAGAAAAAGCCUUGUACAUCUAACAGAAAACUGUAACUCUUUGACACUGGCUGUUAUGCCAGUAGCGGACAGCGACAUGGUGGUGGACAGCGACCGGUUGUACGAGGGGAAGACCCCUUCGUCCUCCGGGAGUGAGAACAUUAUCCCGGUGUCGCUUGGAAGUCCUGCCGCGAACACCGUAAGGAACUUUUACCACACCAAGCGGGUAGGCAACUACCUGAUCGGGAGGAAGCUCGGAGAGGGCUCGUUCGCCAAAGUUCGCGAGGGACUUCACGCUCUGACGGGCGAAAAGGUCGCCGUCAAAGUCAUAGACAAGCGGAAGGCCAAGAAGGACUCGUACGUGACCAAGAACCUGCGAAGGGAGGGCCACAUCCAGCAGAUGAUCCGCCACCCCAACAUCACCCAGCUGCUGGACAUCCUGGAGACGGAGAACAGCUACUACCUGGUGAUGGAGCUGUGCCCCGGAGGCAACCUCAUGAACCGCAUCUACGACAAGAACAAGCUGGACGAGCGCGAGACGCAGAAGUACGUCCGGCAGCUGGUCAUGGCCGUGGAACACCUGCACAGGGCGGGCGUGGUGCACAGGGACCUGAAGAUUGAAAACCUCCUGUUGGACGAGCAGGACAAUAUAAAGCUCAUAGAUUUUGGCCUGAGCAACUGCGCUGGCAUCCUGGGCUACUCGGACCCGUUCAGCACGCAGUGUGGCAGCCCGGCGUACGCCGCCCCAGAGCUGCUCUCAAGGAAGAAGUACGGGCCCAAGGUGGACGUCUGGUCCAUUGGGGUGAACAUGUACGCCAUGUUGACCGGAACCCUACCCUUCACCGUGGAGCCCUUCAGUCUGAGAGCCCUGCACCAGAAGAUGGUGGAUAAGGAGAUGAACCCUCUACCUCCCUCUCUAUCUACAGCUGCCAUAUGCCUGUUGAAGAAGCUCCUGGAGCCCGACCCGGCCAAGCGGCCAAACAUCCACCAGGUGAUGGCCGACUCCUGGCUACAACUGGCCAAUAAGAACACAGGAGCGCCUUACCUCAACAGGAUCCACAUCGAGGAGAUCAACCACACGGUGCUGCUCCACAUGACGGAGAAGAUGAGCUACAAGCACAGCGAGGUCCUGAGCGCCGUCCUCACCAACCGCGCCUGCCACACGCUGGCCGUCUACUUCCUGCUCAACAACAAGAUGAAAAGACUCUCCAAGGAGUACAGGGAGAUGCAGAACAAGGAGAAGAAGACUGAGAAAAACGAGUACUUCCAGACCCAGUGGAGAAAGCACGUCGACAAGGUCACCAUUCCCCCCAAGCAGACCCCCGUGUACUUGGCUGUCAGCAAGGGCCCGAGCAAGGAAAAGAAACACAGAACAGGCCUCCUCAGAGCCAUCGUCGGCGGCCACCGGGCGUCCCCGCUGGCGCCCCCCGGCACGGUGGCCUCCUCCUCCAUGGAGUACCUGGAGAUCCACCCCCUGUUCCCCAACACGCCCCAGCAGCGGCGGCGGCUGGCCACUCUCCCGCAGGUCAACACCAGCCCCGAGCACAACAUGCCCGGCCCGCCGGCGCCCUCCCCCAUCGGCAUGCACUCCUUCGACUCGCUGUCCAAGGCGGAGCAGAUGGACGACGCGCCCACCUCCACCACGCCCUGGUACAAGCUGACCAACGGCACCUUCUCGCCGCCCCGCCACGUCUCCGCCUUCCACCCGGACUCGUCCUACCUGAAGAAGGCCACCAUCCCCAGCCCGCCCGUGCUCAUCGCCAACCCGCAGCCCAAGAAGAGGACGGCGUCCGACUGGUGCGGCUCGUCGGACACCAGCGGCAGCCCCCCCAGCCGGGUGGGGAGCCCCCCCGGGGGCUCCGCCUUCAGCCCCCCCAAGUCGGCCUUCAGCCCCCUCAACCCCUGCUCGGCGUUCAGCCCCCCGUCCCACACCAGCAAGGGGGGAGGAGGAGGAGGAGGAGGCGGUGGGGGCAGCAGCAGCGGGGGCGCGAGCAGCGAUCCCGACAGCCCGCACCGCAGCAAGUUUCCCUACAUGGGCAUCGGACAGAUCCUGAAGAAGAAAGUGCCGCUGCAUCCGUUCAGCUUCCGGGCGGAGCAGGUGGUGGAGGAGGUGGUGUCCCCCCCGCCCUACCCCAUGAAGACUCUUCUCUGCGCGUCGGGCGCGCUCAAGACACUGUGCUAAUGUUGUCUACUUUUUAUUUUUUUUAUUUUUUUUAAUGGGAAAUGAGUGACAGGAAUCGAGGAAGGUGAUGGGUCCUGGCGGAACAGUGAUUGUACGUUGGAGUGGACUUUCGUAGCGGCCUUCUGAACUGAACGUGUGCGUUUGUGUGUUUCUUGUUAUGAUUUGCUCACUUUUUCAAUAAUUGUAAAUACAAUUAAAAAAAAAAAAAAGACCACGAGGGAGACAGGAAAGGGAAAGACUUUACGGUGACGUUAGGAUGUAAUCCUAAUGCAUCCGACGCUGGUUGUGUAACGGGAUCUGAGAGUGACACUGAGGGGAUGAGAUCCUAAACUGGAUGAGUAAACCCUGCCCUGGUUAACCCGGGCUGAUACGGGUACAUCGAGUAUUAUGGGAUUGAUGACGAGGUGUACACGCACAGAGACGCACAUAUACCUUCACUGUAUUAUAACAACCGGACCAGGGGACGUCCCCCCCUCACGUAACACUGCUGUAACUGAUUACAAGCUGCAGCCGCAGACUGAUUCAAACCAGCUAAAAGACCCCCACCCUUUCCCCCAUAACCUGAUGAGGUGUAUUAACAUCAAUGUGAAUUAUGUCGUUUCAUCGGUGUACUUUGUAAAAAAUGACUAACUACCUUCCAGCUAGCUGGCACGAUAAUCCUUAAUGCUGUCUGGAGGAGGGGAGAACACUGCACUAUCUUUAAAUAAAAAAAAAUACCAAAACCUACAGCAACAGAGCUUAACUACUCCGCUGGUUACCUCACAUUUUUUUAUAUCUUAAAAAAAUGAAUCGUUAGCAAUUAAAUGUUUAUUUUUUGAGUUGUGGGAAGUGACAUAGUUGCAGUGUUUCAGCAUCAACAAAGUUUGAUUAACACGAAAAAUCACCACCAUUUGAAUAGGUACCUAUCGCGGUACAACACUUACAGCUGAGCCCCUGCUUUACAGCUGGGUACACCCUCGCUCAAACUGUCGCUUCACCUGUCAUGUGUCAAUGUCUUAGUCAUAGCGAGAUACACCUCUUUUGUACCGCCAUGUGUAAGUGUCAAAGCCUUAUGAGUUGUGUCCACCUCACACGAGGUGAUGGAGGUUGGCAAGAAGGAUGAUCAAUACUUCCCUAAAAAAAAAAGAUUGACAAUGUGUCCUUUUGUCUUAAUGCUGUAGUGUGUGCAAUAGUCCUAAGUGUUAACUGCAGUGCCGAGAAUUUGCCAAGAACUUGAGUUCUGAGAGUUAUGUGAAACUUGUGCUUGUAUAUAAAGUACAAUUCCAGUGUUCCUCUUGCUAAAAGUGUGCCAAGAAAUUCUCACUAUCACGACUUCACUCCUAGUGAUCACUCACAUUCUAGAUAUUUCUCAAACGAAUAGGACAGAAGGCUUCCAUGUGCAAUUGUCCGUACAACUGGAGUAUUGCAUGCAAACUUUUAAGAUUUUCAAAUGCAUUGUCACCAUUUUUGUAAGAUGUCUUUUUGUAAGUGUUUGGGGCUGUAAUGGAGAUUGAUGCAGAGCUGGGGAGAGGGUUUUGUAUGAUUUUAUAACGGAUGGCUUCGUUUUGAGUGUCAAGAGAUUUCU